GCGCGGUCCGUUCCGCCUGGCCUCCCGCAGGCGUAGGGCUGACGUGUCUGCAGUUCCUCGGCGGCGCAACGCACUCGGCAGUGAUGGCGGACGCCUGGGAAGAGAUCAGGCGGUUGGCGGCUGACUUCCAGCGGGCGCAAUUCGCAGAGGCCACGCAGAGAUUGUCAGAGAGGAACUGCAUUGAGAUUGUGAAUAAAUUGAUUGCUCAAAAACAGCUAGAAGUAGUUCACACACUUGAUGGGAAGGAAUACAUUACACCAGCCCAGAUUAGUAAAGAAAUGAGAGAUGAGCUACAUGUCCGAGGUGGUCGAGUUAACAUUGUUGAUCUACAACAGGUAAUUAAUGUGGACCUGACUCAUAUUGAAAAUAGAAUUGGUGACAUCGUUAAAUCAGAAAAACAUGUUCAGCUAGUGUUGGGACAAUUGAUAGAUGAGAACUAUUUGGAUCGGGUAGCAGAAGAGGUAAAUGAUAAAUUGCAAGAAAGUGGUCAGAUAACCAUAUCAGAACUAUGUAAAACCUAUGAUCUUCCUGGAAACUUUCUGACACAGGCACUAACUCAGCGACUAGGUAGAAUUAUUAAUGGACACAUUGAUCUUGAUAACAGAGGAGUAAUUUUUACUGAAGCUUUUGUAGCUCGACAUAAAGCACGUAUCCGUGGGCUAUUCAGUGCCAUCACCCGGCCUACAGCUGUGAAUUCCUUGAUUGCAAAAUAUGGAUUUCAGGAACAGCUUCUUUACUCUGUACUUGAAGAACUUGUUAAUAAUGGACGCAUACGAGGCACUGUGCUUGGUGGGAGGCAGGAUAAGGCAGUGUUUGUCCCUGACAUCUACUCCAGAACACAAAAUACCUGGGUGGAUUCCUUUUUCAGGCAGAAUGGCUACCUGGAAUUUGAUGCCUUAUCCAGACUUGGAAUCCCAGAUGCUGUGAGCUACAUAAAGAAAAGAUAUAAGACUACACAACUUUUGUUUUUGAAAGCAGCCUGUGUUGGUCAAGGACUUGUGGAUCAAGUGGAAGCAUCAGUAGAGGAAGCCAUCAGCUCUGGAACAUGGGUUGAUAUUGCACCUCUACUACCCAGUUCUUUAUCAGUUGAAGAUGCUGCAAUGUUACUUCAACAGGUGAUGAGAGCAUUCAGCAAACAGGCAUCAGCUGUAGUCUUUAGCGACACUGUUGUAGUCAGUGAAAAAUUUAUAAAUGACUGUACAGAACUGUUUAAUGAACUGAUGCACCAAAAAGCUGAAAAGGAAAUGAAAAAUAAUCCUGUCCAUUUAAUCACUGAAGAAGAUCUAAAACAAGUCUCCAUGUUGGAAGGCAUUAAUACAAAUAAAAAGGAUAAAAAGGAUGAACGAAGGAGGAAAGCAACAGAGGGCAGUGGAAGCGUAAGAGGAGGAGGUGGUGGCAAUGCCAGAGAGUACAAAAUUAAGAAAACCAAGAAGAAAGGAAGAAAAGAUGAUGAUAGUGAUGAUGAGUCAUCUCACUCAGGAAAAAAGAAACCAGAGAUCACUUUUAUGUUCCAGGAUGAGAUCGAAGAUUUUUUAAGAAAACGCAUACAGGAUGCUCCUGAGGAGUUAAUUUCUGAACUUGCUGAGUAUUUGAUAAAACCUCUUAAUAAAACUUACCUUGAGGUGAUACGUUCAGUAUUCAUGUCUUCAACUUCCUCUGCCUCUGGAACUGGCAGAAAGCGCACAAUCAAGGACUUGCAAGAGGAGGUUUCAAACCUAUACAAUAAUAUUCGAUUAUUUGAAAAAGGGAUAAAGUUUUUUACAGAUGAUACACAGACAGCUCUUACCAAGCACUUGCUGAAGACAGUGUGUACUGAUAUCACUAACCUCAUUUUCAACUUCUUAGCUUCGGAUUUAAUGAUGGCGGUAGAAGAUCCUGCAACAAUUACAAGUGAAGUAAGAAAAAAAAUUUUAAGUAAAUUAUCAGAAGAAACUAAAGUAACUCUCACAAAACUCCAUAGCUCUUUGAAUGAAAAGAGCAUAGAAGACUUUCUUUCUUGUCUGGAUGCUGCAGCAGAAGCUUGUGAUAUUAUGAUGAAAAGAGGAGACAAAAAGAGGGAAAGGCAACUACUGUUCCAGCAUAGACAAGCACUGUCUGAACAGCUAAAAGUCACUGAAGACCCUGCUCUUAUUCUGCACCUCACAUCAGUCCUAUUAUUUCAGUUCUCAACCCACAGCAUGCUCCAUGCACCUGGAAGAUGUGUCCCACAGAUCAUUGCUUUUCUUAAUAGCAGAAUUCCAGAGGAUCAGCAUACUCUUUUGGUAAAGUAUCAGGGUUUGGUUGUAAAACAGUUAGUUAAUCAAAAUAAGAAGACUGGACAGGGAGAUGAUCCCUUGAAAGAUAAAUUAGACAAAGAACAAGAAGAUGUCAUCAAUACUACCCGUAAAGAGCUCCAAGAACUUUCUUCAUCCAUUAAAGACCUUGUUCUCAAAUCCAGGAAAUCAUCUAUGUCAGAAGAGUAAUGAUUUACUUUACUUUUUUCAUAUAGUAAACAUUUUUCCCCCAAAUUAAAGAUGAGUACUUACAAAAAAGUAUUCAUGAGUCCCUGAUCUCACCCUAAUAUGCCCCUCCCCCACACACAGUUCAGUUAAAACAAUAGUGCCCGAUUUAAUGUAAAGCUUAUAAAAAUGUAAAUUUUUGUAAAUUGGGUUCUCCAUGGGAGUUUUCUUUUUCACAUUAUAAUUAUAAAAAUUACACAUUUUAGGUUUACUUCUCUCUAGAUGCUGUAAUAAAGAAUAAAUUUUCUGAUGCCUUUUAUUUCUCUAGUAAAGGACUCAUUCAUUGUGUUAAUAGAUUCAAGUGAUAUUUAAAUACAGAAACUUAAAUGUCAUGUUUUACAAAAAAAAUACCCCUUUUGCGUCAAAAUUGAAACUUGUGUAUUUUACUUUAUAGUUAAUAGAGAAUGCUGCAAACCUAAAAUACAGAGAUUUGCAAAAUGUUUAAUACUAAACCCUUGCCCUCAUUUCUGACAGAUUAGAGCGCCUUCCAUUUCUCCCACUGGAGUAAACUUUGUUUGUGCUUGGGCUAUAUCUUUACAGGUGCAGAACACAGAAGGCCCAUGCCUUGCUGUGCUCUGUUCUAAAAUAAGAUGCUAAAACUUAAUACAAGUAUUUUUCUUUAACCCAGUUUGCAUUUGUGAACUUCAUGGUUUAUACCAAUAGUGACUCUAAUACCUAAUAUUUUGUUGUAGGGGGAUCUAUAAGUACAUCUGAAUCAUUGGAACUUUUUUUUCUCCCAAAAAGGAAAGAAAGCCCUAAUAAAAAAUACAUUUUCUUGUUCUAAAAAAUACUAGUUAAAAUAAUAGUUAAAAUGGGCUAAAAUAGUUCCUUAAUUACUUCAUCCAAAUGAGUUUUAAGCAACAGUAUGUUGUUAUUAAAAAAAGGAAUUUAAUUAUUUUGAAUAGCAAAUUUAAUAUCAGAUAUUUUUAAAUUGAUAUUUUAUAUAAUUACUUAUAUGGCAUUUAAAACUUAAAAUUUGUGAAUACAAAAGUCAGUCUACCUCUAUUCUUGACAAAGUAUUAAUAGUGAAAGAAGUUACAUAAUUGCUGACUAAGUAUUUAUUAUUAAAGUUGAUAGGAAUGUAACAUUAAAUUUAAAAAUAUUUUCAUUGGUCAUUUUCUAUAAAUAUAUUUUCAUAUGGACAAUUGAAGAAAAAUGACAAAUCUAACCACAAACACCAAUUAUUUUGUUUUCUCAGCUUCCAAAUAUUGAAUAUCCAACCUAAUUUUUUAUUCAGUUUGUCUUUCAGAACCUUAUCAUUUAUACUUCAGCAGAUACCAAAGUAAUCCACAUUAUGUCAAACUACACCAUAGACUACACCAAACAAAAUCAUUCUGACUUUAUUUGUGAAAAUAAAUACAGAAGUGACAAUGAUGUAAAUAAAACUUUCAGUCUUAGUCUGUUUGCAUUAACUUUUCUUCUUUUAUCAAAUUAGUUCUUUCACACAACAAUCAGAACAAUUCUUACUGUUUUUUGUAAAUAAAAAUAGCUGAUUUUGUAUGGAAAGAAAUUUCAUUAAUAAAACCAAGAUUGUUAAAUGUUUCUCUACCAUGAUCAUAAUGGGCAGGUUUAAAAAUAUUUAAAAUAAAGUUGCCUGUUGUUUCAAUUGAAUUUUUGGUACUCUGAAGCUUUUAUAUG